AUGGCUUUCUUGGAACAAAUCAAUCGUAUUGCAUGUAUCGGCGCUGGUUAUGUCGGUGGACCAACAUGUGCAAUGUUUGCUUACAAAUGUCCCGAUUUAAUUGUAACGGUAGUUGAUAUGAAUUCUGAGAAAAUCGAUCAGUGGAAUUCGGAUAAACUUCCUAUUUAUGAGCCUGGAUUGGAUGAAAUUAUCAAAGCUUGUAGAGGGAAAAAUCUAUUUUUUUCGAACGAUAUUGCCGGUGCGAUUCGUGAGGCUCAGAUGAUUUUCAUUUCUGUUAAUACGCCAACCAAGACAUAUGGCAAAGGAAUGGGUAUGGCUCCUGAUUUGAAAUAUGUUGAAUUGGUUUCACGGGCAAUUGCAAAAUAUGCUGGCGGAACAAAAAUAGUUGUAGAAAAAAGUACUGUUCCAGUCAAAGCAGCUGAAAGUAUUUCCGCAAUUCUUAGAGAAGCGCAAAAACGAGAUUCUACUCUCAGCUUUCAAGUUUUAUCAAAUCCUGAAUUCUUAUCGGAAGGUACAGCGAUAAAUAAUUUGGCGAACCCUGACCGAGUGCUUAUUGGUGGUGAAGAUUCUCCGGAUGGCCUCGCAGCUGUUGCUCAACUUGUUCAAAUAUAUGAACACUGGGUUCCUCGUGAGCGUAUUAUUACAACAAAUACAUGGUCAUCGGAAUUAAGCAAGCUGGCUGCAAAUGCGUUUCUUGCGCAACGAAUAUCUAGUAUUAAUGCAAUAUCAGCGAUAUGUGAAGCGACUGGUGCUGAUGUUCGUGAAGUAGCUCAUGCAAUCGGAUAUGAUAGCCGCAUUGGCAAAAAUUUCCUGCAAGCCAGCGUUGGAUUCGGUGGCAGUUGUUUCCAGAAAGAUGUGUUAAGUCUUGUCUAUCUAGCUGAAUGUUUGAAUUUGAAUCAAGUUGCAGACUAUUGGUCAUCUGUUGUGAAAAUUAAUCUUUGGCAGCGUCGACGUUUUGUCGAUAAAAUAAUUAACGACAUGUUUAAUACAGUAACUGAUAAAAGAAUUGCUAUAUUCGGUUUUGCUUUUAAGAAAAAUACAGCAGAUACAAGAGAAUCUUCUGCAAUUUAUGUUUCGAAGUAUUUGCUUGAUGAAGGAGCAAAGCUGGUUAUUUACGAUCCUAAGGUGCCAAAAAACCAAAUUUUGCAUGAAUUGCAUCAAGUUUGUACAGAAGAAACAGCUUCAAAGUUGGUGACAGUUGCUGCUGAUCCUUACGAAGCUGCAGUCGAUUCACAUGCUUUAGUGAUUUUAACCGAGUGGGAUGAAUUCAGGGAUUAUGAUUAUCGGCGACUUUACAAUUCGAUGAAGCAACCUGCUUCAAUUUUUGAUGGACGACUUAUCAUUGAUCAAAAAAAGAUGCGCGAGAUUGGAUUCCGUGUAUUUGCGAUUGGAUCGACAUCGGUCAAUUAA